AUGAGAGAACAUAUACUUAAAAUUAUUGAUCCAAGUAUAUCUGAUAUAUGUAUAAAAUAUUUUAUCAAUAUUGAUAAAAAUAGCAUUAAUAUAUUUGAUAAUCUUGAUGAACUUGUUAGCAGUUAUAAUAAAUUCUAUUAUGGUCAUGAAAACUAUUCCGACCUUCAAGCAUUUAUAGGCCGUAUAAAUUUCGUGGAACGAAGCGAAUUUAAUAAUCGUGAGUGUAUUAGAUUAUUACUGAAAAAAUAUUAUGGUUAUUAUAAAAAUUAUGUGAAAACCGAACUUGAGGAUAAAGCUAUAAUUUCUUAUAGCAUUUAUAAUGAUAAGUACAUUAAUGGAAUAUUGAAUGUAGUGUCAUCGACGAAUGAAAAUGUAGAUGAUGCAGAAGGACAAAUAGAUUUUGCUGAAGUUAUAGAAGCACAUACGGAUUUUGCUUCAGGUACUGGUACAGGUAUAGGUUUUUCAUCUUUUGCAAUAUUAGUAAUUGCAUUCAUUUUGUAUAAGAUGAUAAAGUAA